AUGGCCGGGUUAGAAGAUCCGUGUUCUUCUGAAUUUGUGAAAAAUAUUAAAUGUGGCAUUUUAAGGGAGUGUGGUAAGCCGUCUAAGCCUAAAGAGCCUCUUUUGGCCGAAGAUUUAGCUAAAUUAGUUUUACAUUUUAAUUCAAAUGUAAACUUAAUGGAUAUGAGAUUUAUUACAAUGUCUCUUCUUAGUUUUUCUGGAUUCUUACGGUUUGCGGAAGUAAUACAAUUAAAACGAUCUGAUUUAGAAAUUGAUGAUAGUCAGGUCAAAAUAAUGUUAGGAUCUUCUAAAACAGAUCAAUUAAGGAAGGGAGCUACAGUAGUUAUAGCAAGAACUAAUAAGUUUACCUGUCCUGUUACUGCCUUGGAGAAGUAUUUAAAAAUGGGGAAAAUUAAUAUAGAUUCGGGGGAAUACUUAUUUAGGAAAGUCAGUUUUUGCAAGAAAAAAGGUGAAUAUGUUAUACGCGUGCUAGAGAAAUUCUUAUCUAUACUAGAAUACUAG